AUGGGCUCUCUUCAUAGUCAAGUUGUAGGCCUGGUGGGAGAUUCUCUACCCAUUCCCAACAAUAUCCAGAGUUGUACAUUGCUCGUGACUGUCCUGUUCAUCGUAUAUACGUUUACUUCAUCUGUUAUAACAGCUCUUAAACCAGGCCUGAGGUUGAUUCCCGGCCCCAUCAUUGCACGGUUCUCGUCUCUAUAUCGCCCAUGGAAGAUCGCCAAAGGCGACGCCCCAGACUUCUAUUUGAGGCUUCACAAGAAAUAUGGCCCGAUUGUUCGAACGGGCCCCAAGACUUCCCCAUUUUACGAUACUUUCAGCCCGUCUUACGAAGGUGAGACAAUGCCUAGCAUGUUCUCUGUUCGGGACCCUGUCCAGCACCAGGCACUACGUCGACCUGUUGCGCAGAAAUUCUCCAUGUCAUCAAUCAAGGCCUUGGAGCCAUUUGCAGACGAGUGCACGAAGAUUUUCAUUGAUGCCAUGCAUGACCUGGAGGGCCAAUGUGUGGAUAUUGGUGUAUGGCUGCAGUGGUAUGCCUUUGAUGUGAUCGGAGCAAUCACAUUCCAGCGCCGAUUUGAGUUUAUGGAAAAACGAACGGAUGUUGGAGGUAUGAUCGAGGCCCUAGAUAAUGGCCUUCACUAUGCUGGCAUUGUCAGUCAAGUACCUGCUCUGCAUCACUGGUUGAUGGGCAAUCAAUGGGUUGCAAAAUUCCUGUCUGCGCAGCCGUUUGUAGAGGUCCUCGAUCCCCUUCGGACAAUCGUGCAGUUUACCCAGCAGUGUAUUGAUGACUAUGAUAGAAAGCCAGCGGAACAUGGCAAUCGUCCGGACUUUCUUGCUUGGCUGCGAGGAGAGGAAGCAAAGGGCAAACCCAUGCCAAAUCGGGAUAUGAUUAAUCAUCUAAGCAACAAUCUGCUAGCAGGAAGUGACACGACUGGGAUAUCGCUUCGAGCGAUUAUUUACUAUCUGGUCAAGAACAAAUCAGUAUACCGAAAGCUUCAGGCAGAAGUUGACAACGCAGAUCAGGCAGGCAAGCUGUCUGAGUACGUAACUUACGCCGAAUGCCUGGAGCUCCCUUACCUACAAGCCGUGAUGAAAGAAGCAUUGCGCUGUCAUCCUGGAGUCCAAUAUCCCCUGGAGAGAGUAGUUCCAAAGGGCGGGACCACCCUUUGUGGCGUGCACAUCGAUGCAGGAACCAUUGUUGGAAUGAAUCCAACAGUGAUGCACCACGACACCACUAUAUUUGGAGGGGAUGCAGGCUCUUUCCGCCCAGAAAGAUGGACAGAGUCUAAUCAUGAGCAUAUCAAGCUGAUGGACCGCCAUCUAAUGACAUUCGGAUAUGGAUCACGAACAUGCAUUGGAAAGAACAUCUCAAUCAUGGAGAUGGGCAAGCUGGUUCCACAGAUCAUCCGACACUUUGAGAUUGAAUGGGAUUCCGAUAAGUCCGAUUGGCGAGUAGAGACAUUCUGGUUUGCCAAGCAGCAUGGCUUGAAGUGCCGUCUGCGCUCGCGGGCAAAGUGA